AUGCCCAAAGAACGAUCCAAGAAGGACCUUCCUGCUCAUCAUCAACCCUUUUCAGUCGUUGAAAUUUCAUCUACACUCUCCUACGAAAACAUUGAGAAAUUAUUUUGUCAAUUUUUCAACCACGAAGUGAGAGAGGAAAAGAUGUUUGACUUGAAAAUCGAGGAGGGAGUGGACAUGAUACAGUUUCGUACCAAGGGUCCCAUGCAAUCUGGUAGAAGAAAGUUCAAAGUGAUUCCUCGCGAAGGAACCUUUUCAAAGGCAUCCCAAUGCCGUUUGUUCGCGUUUUACAAAUCAUCAUUGAAAGGAACUAUAGAAUCGGCCAAUGUGGAUGAAUUAAAUCCUCAAAAAACCAAUAACGAUAUAUGGUGCACUGACAAGGAUGUGAUCAAAAGGGUAGGAGGAGCUCAUAGCGAGGUGAGAUUUGUCAUUGUGAACGGCAACAAGUGUUUCAUCAGUAAUAGAAAAUAUGAGGUUCGUCAAUCUUGGAAUUUCAAGUCCGAGAAAGACAAGAAAGAUUAUCAAGAGUGUGUAAAACCAGACGUCACAGCAAGGAAAUAUCAAGAAGAUUUCUUCAACCAGAUUAAAACAAACAACGACAACUCGAACGAACCAAAUCCACCAUCCCUCUGCGGGAGUAGUCAAUACGAGGAAUUGUUCCUACAAACCACCAACACCACCACGGAAGAAGAAGGAUUCGCACUGGAUUGUACUUCUGAUCUUUAUCUUGACAUCAAGAAACACCCAAAAUCUGAUCACAUGCUGCCUCAACUUGAGUGGCCUUUCCAAUCCGAAAGUUAUCCAUAUAUUGGGGCUUCAACUUCCUGUAGAGGCACAACCAUGUCUGACAUGCCUUGCUUUGUCCUGCAACAACAACAACAACUACAGCCACAGGAACCACUCAAUCUAUCACAACUCUUACCUUACUUGGAUUUCUUGGAACAACAUAUUCAGAAUCUUAAAUAUAUGGUGAUGUCCAUGAGUUUGUCCCUUCCAAAGAACUAA